AUGCCAACUGUGGGAAUCAAGAAGGUCAUCCUUGACAAGCACUUCAAUCGGGUUUACACCGAGAAGGAGUUCGACGAACUUUGCUUCGAGUACGGACUCGAGUUGGAUGAAAUCACUUCUGAGAAAGCCGCUGUUGAAAAGGAGCGUGGAACCGGCGCGGCGACGGAUUUAAACGACCAGGAAGUCUACAAGAUUGAUAUUCCAGCGAAUCGUUAUGAUUUGUUGAGUGUGGAGGGACUGGCUCGUGCCAUUCGCAUUUUCAAGCAAGAAAUCCCAUCUCCCCACUACAAGUUUGCCGAGACGCCAAAGUCCGGUCUUCAGAAGAUCAUCGUAAAGAAAGAGACCGCGCAAGUCCGACCAUUUGUCGUGGGAGCCGUGCUUCGCGAUAUCUCGUUCGACGCCGACAGUUACGCAUCGUUCAUCGAUCUUCAAGACAAACUCCACCAGAACAUCUGCAGAAAGCGUACUCUCGUCGCUAUCGGAACCCACGAUUUGGACACUGUCCAAGGACCCUUCGAAUAUCGUGCCGAAGCACCAAAAGACAUCAAAUUCAAGCCAUUAAACCAAACAAAGGAGUACACGGCUGAAGAAUUGAUGACUUUGUAUUCAAGUGAUAGUCAUUUGAAAGCAUAUCUUCCGAUUAUUCAAAAUCAUCCGGUCUAUCCCGUGAUUUAUGAUAAGAAUGGAGUCGUUUGUUCGAUGCCACCAAUCAUCAACGGAGAGCAUUCGAAAAUCACUUUGAAGACGAAGAACGUCUUCAUUGAGGCAACAGCAACAGACAAGCAAAAGGCUUUUGUUGUCCUCGACACAAUUGUUACUCUUUUCUCGCAGUAUUGUUCCAAGCCAUUCACGGUUGAACAAGUCGAGGUUGUUUAUGAAGAGACUGGAGUCAAGGAGCUCUACCCACUGCUCUCCUAUCGUGAGAUGACUGUGACCACUCCGGAAAUCAAUACGAAGAUUGGAAUCAACUUGAAGGACGAAGAAAUGGCAACUCUUCUCAACAAGAUGUCGUUGAAAGCGGAGGUUGUGGCGAAAGAGACCUUGAAAGUAGUUGUUCCACCGACUCGCCAUGAUAUUCUUCAUGCUUGUGAUGUUGCUGAAGAUGUCGGAGUUGCCUAUGGAUAUAAUAACUUGAUCACAAGACUACCAGAGUCCAACACCGUCGCUGUCGCCUUCCCAAUCAACAAGCUUUGUGAUAAUCUUCGUAUUGAAAUCGCCGCCGCCGGAUGGACAGAAGCAUUGAAUUUUGCCCUCUGCAGUCGUGAUGACAUCUCUGUGAAACUUCGUCAGCCGGAUGCUCUCGCCCAAGCUGUUCAUAUCGGAAACCCCAAAACCCUCGAGUUCCAAGUUGCUCGCACAUCUCUUCUCCCUGGUCUUCUGAAGACGUUGGCAUCGAACCGCGAUAUGCCACUCCCAUUGAAACUUUUCGAGCUUCAAGACAUCAUCGUGAAGGAUUCAAGCACAGAUGUCGGAGCACGUAAUGAAAGAAGAUUGGCUGCGGUUUACUACAAUAAAGCAGCUGGAUUUGAGAUUAUUCAAGGAUUCCUGGAUCGAAUGAUGCGGAUGUUGAAUGUUAAUCCAGCUAAAGAUGGAACUGGAUAUUAUAUUGAGGCGGAUGAAAACCCAACUUACUUCCCGGGACGUUGUGCGAAGAUCAUCGGACCGAAAGGAGUUCUUCUCGGACAUAUCGGUGCUCUCCACCCAGAAGUCAUCACCUCGUUUGGACUCACUUUGCCUUGCGGAGCUGUCGAAUUCAAUGUUGAGCCAUUCCUCUGA